AUGGUACAACUUUUUUAUUAUGAAAAUCGUGGAAUACCUUGUAGUCAUUUAUUACGUAAUGGUAUGAAAAAAGUUGUAGUUCAACUGGAAGCAUGUGAAAAUUGGCCAUAUCCAAGUUGCGAAUCGAAAUGGUUAUUAAUAUUUAAUCGAUUUCUAAGAAAUUGGUGCAGAGUCAUUCAAAUGACAAGUGGAGGGACAAAGAGAUAUGAAACAAUUGGACAUGUUACAUUCUCAAAAUUAGAAGGUUCAAUGUUUAUCACCGGCAAAUUUAAACAAGAUUUAGCUGGUAAACGACAAAAGAUGCCACAUUUCUGUUUAUUUUUAACUACAAGUAUCAUAGAUGUUGAUUUCUAUCGUGGUUAUCUACUAACUGGAAUGGUGGAAAGAGGUAAUCGAAAAUUGGGCGUUUGGGAAUCAACACAUUAUGCUUAUGUCAAACGUGAAGGUUACUAA